AUGCCUCGUGGAAAGAAAGCAGCAGAGAAAGAGAAUGUUAAGCCAGUCGAAGAAACCGAACCUGAAAGCGGCUCUGAGAGUUUCAGCGCUGAAAAAGUCGCUUCUCCACCCGUUCGCGGCUCUAAAGGUUCCAAGAUGCUUCCAACCGGCGGCAAGAAAAGCAACAAGAAGAAGAGAAGAAACGAGAGUUUUGGCAGCUAUUUGUACAAAGUACUGAAGCAAGUUCACCCCGACAUUGGUAUCUCCAGUAAAUCGAUGACCAUUAUGAAUUCUUUCGUCAACGACAUCUUUGAGCGACUUGCUACAGAGUCUGCGAGACUUGCACAGUAUAACCAAAAGUCCACCAUCAGCUCGCGWGAAAUUCAAACUGCUGUAAGAUUGUUGCUGCCUGGGGAGUUGUCCAAACAUGCUGUCAGCGAAGGAACGAAGGCGGUUGCCAAGUACACAAGUCAACAGUGAAAAUGAACUCGACAAUCCUACAAGAGACUUACGUAUCGACAAACUAAACUAGCGACAACCAAGACAAUUUCUCCGAAGGGAAAGUGGCGCGAUGAGUGCACACUAUAAAUUCAACAAACAAGAACUGUAUUAUACUGGAUGAGUUAGAAAUGCAUGUUCGAAAUUUUGAAAAUUUAUUAUGAAUGCAGUUUUAGAUAAGACUAAAUUUUGUAAAUAGUUAUGUUUAUAUAAUUGUAGCAU